AAGUGUUGUUGUUGCUGCUGGCGGGCAGGAGACAGUUUGGGUGUGGAGGUAAAGAGAUAAACACUCGCAGAGUUGGACCAAUUUCACUGAACACACGGACAAUGUCUCGGUUUAAAAGAGCGGGUCCGGUGGACUCUCUGGCGGGCUUCAGGACGGAGCCGACGACGGAGCCGACCGUCCCUUCCGGUCUGCUGAAGGCAGCCAGGAAGAGCGGCCAGCUCAACCUGUCCGGCCGAGGGCUAACACAAGUCCCUCAGGACGUGUAUCGUCUUAACGUCGACACACCAGAGGAGGCCCACCAGAACGUGUCCUUCGGAACGUCAGAUCGCUGGUGGGAACAGGCUGACCUCACCAAACUGCUGCUCUCAUCCAAUCAGCUCACACAACUGUCUGAUGACAUCAGACUACUGCCUGCACUCACUACGCUGGAUCUCCAUGACAACCAGCUGAGAAGUUUACCCAGUGCUUUGGGAGAACUGCAGGAGCUCCAGCAACUGCGACUCAAUCAAAACCAGCUGACAUCACUGCCAGUGGAGGUGUGUACUCUGAAGAACCUCUGUAGCAUCUCACUCCAGCAAAACCUGCUGGAAAGCCUGCCAGAGGAACUGGGACAACUGGAGAAGCUGACACAGCUGGACCUGUCCAACAACCAUCUGAAGGGCCUGCCCUCCAGCCUGGGCCGUCUCACCCGUCUGCAGACCCUGAACCUGGGUCACAACAAGCUCAGCUGUCUGCCUGACAGCCUGGCCCAGCUCACAAAUGUUAAGCUGUUGGACUGCAGCAACAACCAGCUGACUGACAUUCCCGCCAGCCUAUCAGAGAUGGUCGCUCUGGAGCAGCUCUACCUCAGACACAACCAGCUCCGCCUCCUCCCAAAGGUCCUCGCACCGGAGCUCAAGGAGUUGUAUGUGGGGAACAACCGCAUUGAGCAACUGGAGACGGAGCAGCUGGCGUGCCUGAAAGCCAUCUCUCUUCUAGAACUCCGAGACAACAAGAUCAAAACCCUCCCUGAACAGAUCACCUUACUGAGCACGCUCACACGCCUCGACCUCACCAACAAUGAUGUCACCACUCUUCCAGCUUCUCUCAGCCUGCUGCCCAAACUGAACGUGUUGCUGUUGGAGGGAAACCCUCUGAGAGGAAUCAGGAGAGACCUGCUCGCUAAAGGAACCAAUGAGCUUCUGGAAUAUCUAAGAGGAAGAAUUACAGAGGAUCCUGAGAGAGCAGAUGAAGGACCGACAGCUAUGACGUUACCCAGCCAGGCCAGGGUCAAUGUACACAGCAUUAAAACUCUCAAGUUAUUGGACUACAGUGAGAAGCAGGCAGCUGAUAUUCCAGAUGAGCUGUUUGAUGCUGCAGCGGAUCAGAGUAUUACCACCGUUAACUUCAGCAAGAACCAGCUGAUCGCCAUACCCCCCAGACUGGUGGAGUUCCUACCCUCAGUGUCAGACAUCAAUCUGGGUUUCAACAGACUGACCUGCUGUUCUCCUGACAUCUGCAAGUUCCUGCAGCUGGCACACAUCAACCUCAGGAACAACCAGCUGACGGAUUUACCGUCUGAAAUGAAGAACCUGACCAAACUGUGCUCCAUCACCCUCAAUCAAAACAGGUUCAAGUCCUUCCCUGAAGUCCUCUAUCAGAUAGUUUCCUUGGAGACGGUGUUGCUGGGUAACAACCAGGUGGGCGAGGUGGACCCUCGUCGUCUAAUGAAGUUGGACCAUCUAUCAACCCUGGAUCUGUCGAACAACGACCUGAUGAACGUCCCUCCUGAACUGGGCCUGUGUACCAGCCUCAGGUGUCUCAGUCUGGAGGGGAAUCCUUUCCGUUCACCCAGAGCAGCCAUCGUGGCCAAAGGAACGGAUGCAGUGAUGGAGUACCUCCGCAGCCGCAUACCUACAUGAGCCCUGACCUCAGCUCGGACAGCUCCACCUCCAUGCUCACAGAUCCUUUCUUGUUUUUUUUUUAAUCAACAUUUAAAUGCAUCAACCAACAAUCUGUUUGUUCUUUUAUCUUUAUGCUACACAAGUCUGCAACUCAACAUCCACAGCUGUUUGUGUGUACGUGUAAAAUAGGGAAUUCACCAUACAGUCUGCUUUGAGAAGCAGACCGCUGCCAAAGUUUCCCUCUGAAGUUGAGAUGGAUGUGAUGGAUAUUUCUGGACAAUCAGAUUCAAACUGAUGCCUACAUGUGUGACUGAAAAAAAAAAAACAUGACAAACGACACUUCUUUUAAUAAAGUUGUUGCUAAGAAGGAGUGGUGUGAAUUGUA